AAGAAAAGCUAUUUUUGAAUGAUAUAAAAAUAUAUAUUCAUAACUCAACUAUACAAUCACAUGUAUAAUUUUCUAAAUUUAAAUAGUAGAGUCAAUGUUGGUUGUUGGAAUAAUUUUUUCUUGGGUCUUGACAGAUAUAGUUUAAAAUAAUAUUAUAAAAAUGUACAGCCUUAAUCCUGCUUAUGGAUAUGUUAAACCGAAAGUCGAUUCUGGAAGAUUUCGACAUAAGGGCGCUCAGUUCUCUUUGGGCAAAGGACAACAGCCUCCUCUCUAUGGUACCUGGCCCAGAUUCCCUGAGCCCUGUAACACUCGUCAAAGGAGACACUAUGCCGUGAAACAAAAGGCUAAACCGAUAGAUACCGAGCCUUGGAGACCACCGAAGAUACAUUUGGAACACCUCAAGAAAAGAAAAGAAUUCCCCAAGCUAAGAAAUUCCUCUCAGUUAGCCAACAUGUAUUGAAUCAAUGCAAAUAAAAACCAUACUCAGAAAUAUUUCAUAUCAAGAUAUGUAUUAUAUAGAUUUACUUAAAUCAUUGAAACACUGAUUUUUU